AUUUUACUAAAAUGGCAAUUUCGGCCGAGCGCGGUUGGGGACUGGUACCUAUGACGUAGCAGGAGUAACCGGGUUACUGUGAUUGUUGUCUUGAAGCCACAACUGUGUGCUUUGCCUGUUGAUCUUGAGAUUAUUAGAAUUUAUUUACUGUAAAAACUGAAUCGAAAAUGUCUACGACUUCUUCUUCAUCCGACGAAUGCUCUUUCUCUGACGAUGACUCAGAAUUUAACUAUAUUCCGGGAUACUACGAUGUUGAUAACGAGAAUCAAGCGUCGGACAACUUGUUGAGCAAUGAUGAAGAUGAGGAGAUUGAUGAUGUGGUUCAGCCRUAUUCAAACGAGCCCAUGGCCGACGAAGAGUGGCUUAGAGAAUAUAAGAAAAGACAGGAGGAGAAAGAACGUAGAUUAGAAAGUUUGAAACACCGUUUAGCGGGGAAAGAAGAACUUAGCAACUGGUGCUCUYGUGGAAAAUGCUCUACAGCCUUCCUACAGAAUGCGAACGAGUGCUACUGUUGUAAAGACAUGGAAAAAUGCAGCGAUGCUCUUUCCGACGAGUGGGUACUCGAGGAAAUGCAGACGCCACCGAACUGCAUAACACUUCAUCCAGCAUUUGAAACUGUUUGUUUGGAUAGAUGGUCACUCAGGCUAUCCGCCRGAAAAUACAGAACUAUAGAUGGGAGAAGUUAUCGACAAACCGGUUCGGAAGAAAAGUUCAUGAGAAGUGUUGCUUACRGAGAAUUUAUACAUCUGGUUUAUGAUCGUGUUGGAAAGAACAGAAUACCACUUCCUGCAUGUGCCUAUCAUGCAAUAAGAAGCAAGUUUCAACCUAAAGACAGCRAUGAAUGUUUUGUUGGGUUUGAAGAUGAGGAUGAGGAAAUGGAUGAUUAAAUUAGAAAAUUUCUACAACAUAAAAAUAUAAAUAUCA